AUGAACCGUUUGUUUGGGAGGGGGAACCCGAAGGCGCCGGCGCCUAACCUCACCGAUUGUAUCGCUAAUGUGGACAGUAGGGCGGAGUCGGUCGACAAGAAGAUCGCGCGAUUGGACGCAGAGCUCGGGCAGAGGGAUAACCUCAUGAACCAGUCCUUCAAUAUGGAGCAGACCAACUACGCCACGCAAAUGCUCAAAGACACCAAGACUACGGUGGACGCAAUGAAGUUAGGCGUAAAGGAGAUGAAACGCGAGUACAAGAAGGUUAACAUCGAUCAGAUUGAGGACAUGCAGGACGAGUUGGAGGACAUGUUAGAGCAGGCGAAUGAGGUCCAGGAGACGUUGGGCAGGAGUUAUGGCACUCCCGAUGUCGAUGAGGACGAACUCGAAGCUGAAUUGGAUGCAUUGGGCGAUGAGUUAGCGUUAGAUACGGACACAUCAUAUCUGGAAGACAUGGCCGGUCCUAAAGUGCCCACAAGAGAACCCGGCGCCGAAAGCGUCAACGCUGACGGCCAACUCGUGGAUGAAUUCGGUUUACCUAAAAUCGCCGCCACUUGAGAGUCAUUGCCAGUCAUAUAUAAUAGUUAAUUAAGUCUUUGUACAAAUAAUGAUAAAUUUAUUACAUUUAAAAACAAUUAUAAAUUUUUAUAUUAUUCUUGUCGAUGAUAUCCCUCAAGACCUCGAACCUAACCGCUCUGUUCUUGAGUUUAGUUUCUAUAUUCUGUAAAAAUGUCACAAAAUAAUGCGAUGUCUUGUGUGGCAAAUGAGUGGUCCAUACGUUCGGCAAUACUAUAAACUUAUAACUAAUGAAACAAAUUUUGAAACAGUAUUAAAAUAAAUGAUAAGAAAUAAUUGCUUUUAACAAUAAAGUACUUGUUUGCGAAGAGA